CUUUGCUCUAAAAGUUGCAGACCAAAACUUUGACCCCGGAAAAGCCCCAACUUCAUCGCGAAAGCGUAAUUCUUCAUUUUACAAAUAUUCAUCAACAACAGACGAAAUCAUGGCUGAAAGCGCUGGAGGAAUUGACCGAAAGGCCGAUGAGAGGAUGGAAUUUUCCACCUCCAAGGAGGUUACGGUCCAUCCUACUUUCGAAUCGAUGUCGCUGAAGGAGAACUUGCUUCGUGGAAUUUACGCUUACGGAUAUGAGUCGCCUUCUGCUGUUCAGUCUCGAGCUAUCGUUCAGGUCUGCAAGGGUCGCGACACCAUUGCUCAGGCGCAGUCUGGUACCGGAAAGACAGCUACCUUUUCCAUCAGUAUGCUGCAGGUCAUCGAUACCGCGGUGCGAGAGACACAAGCUCUUGUUCUGUCACCGACACGAGAAUUGGCUACUCAGAUUCAAUCCGUUGUCAUGGCUCUGGGCGACUACAUGAACGUGCAAUGUCACGCUUGUAUUGGAGGCACAAACGUUGGAGAGGAUAUCCGCAAGCUCGACUACGGUCAACACAUCGUCUCAGGCACCCCAGGCCGUGUGGCCGAUAUGAUUCGGCGACGACACCUGCGCACCAGACACAUCAAGAUGCUGGUCCUCGAUGAGGCCGAUGAGCUUCUUAACAAGGGAUUCCGCGAGCAGAUCUAUGAUGUGUACCGAUACCUCCCCCCGGCCACUCAAGUCGUGGUCGUCAGUGCCACCCUCCCAUACGACGUUCUCGACAUGACGACCAAAUUCAUGACCGAUCCCGUUCGCAUUCUCGUCAAGCGUGACGAACUGACCCUCGAAGGUCUCAAGCAGUACUUCAUCGCCGUCGAGAAGGAGGACUGGAAAUUCGACACCCUAUGCGAUCUCUACGACACCCUUACCAUCACGCAAGCCGUCAUCUUCUGCAACACCCGACGCAAGGUCGACUGGCUUACCGACAAGAUGCGCGAGGCGAACUUUACAGUCAGCAGCAUGCACGGCGACAUGCCUCAGAAGGAGCGAGACAGCAUCAUGCAGGAUUUCCGACAGGGCAACAGCCGUGUUCUCAUCUCGACUGAUGUGUGGGCUCGUGGUAUCGACGUUCAGCAGGUCAGUUUAGUUAUCAACUACGACCUUCCUAGUAACCGUGAGAACUACAUCCACCGCAUCGGUCGAAGUGGUCGGUUUGGUCGCAAGGGUGUUGCUAUCAACUUUGUUACUACCGAAGAUGUGCGCAUCCUGAGAGACAUUGAGUUGUACUACUCUACCCAGAUCGACGAGAUGCCCAUGAACGUUGCCGACCUCAUUGCAUAAGCAAAGAGUCAGUAAUUCAGUGACAAGUGCAUUCAAUCAGGAAGAAAGGACCCGCGUCGAAGAACGUGGUGAAAAGCGUGGAGGAAGGGGGCCGUGUACUAUGCUUAAUUCAAAGUGCAGCAGAGAACCAGAUUGUCGAGAACAAGAGAAGAAGGGGGGCAUCAAAAGGACCCUGAACUCUGGGACAUGUAGUCAAACAAAAUAAUUACAAAAAUUGAUACAGAACAAAUGAUCCCGUCUUAUCAGUCUCGUCGCCCGAAGUUUCCUAA